CCUCGCUCUCCUCUCCUUUUCUUCAGCCGCUAAGAGAGGGAGGAGGAGAGAGAUAGGAAGAGAUAGAAGUACACAGCAGAGCGAGAGGGAAGGAAAGUCAGCAAUAGAGAGAUCCAGCAAAGCACCGGGAAAUUAAUUUCCCCCCCUCCUCCUAAUGUUUCUCAAUCGCACGACACAACUGAGCUUUCCAGGCAAUGUCACCGCGAAAGGCAACUGCGGUAUGCUCGGCACAUAGACUAUCAACAAGCUCUUCGCUCGUCCGUGUCUCCCCAGCAGCCCGCUGACGGACGGCUCCGUCUGCCUCUCGCCCGCCAGGAGGACAUGUCAAGUUGGAUUUCUGUAAACUAACGCUGUGAAGUGGCUCUGUGUCUGGAGCUGUGACUUCCUCCCCCGGGUCUCAGCGAGGAUGCUGUGGGUUACCUUGCUGAGCACCAUAGCGUUAGGAUGGACCACCCCCAUGCCCCUGCUGGAGGACUCCGAGGAGAUGGAGGAGGCCUGCUUCGAGCCUUGCUACUGCGAGGUCAGAGAGGGCAUCUUCCACGUCCAUUGUGACAGCAAGGGAUUUACAAACGUCAGCCAGAUCUCCCAGAUAUGGAGCCGGCCCUUCAAGCUCAACCUACAGAGGAACUCCAUGCGGAAGCUGUACUUUAACAGCUUCCUCCAUCUCAACAACGCCCUGUCUAUCAACCUGGGGAACAACGCUUUACAAGACAUCCACGCCGGUGCGUUUAACGGCCUGGGCAUCCUCAAACGCCUGUUCCUGCAUGAGAACAAACUGGAGGUUUUCCGGAAUGACACUUUCCUGGGUCUGGAGAGCCUGGAGUACCUCCAGGCGGACUACAACGUCAUCAAACGCAUCGAGAGCGGCGCCUUCAGGCACCUCCACAAACUGAGGGUUCUCAUUCUGAACGACAACCUGAUCCCCGUGCUGCCCAGCUACCUGUUCAGGUCCGUGUCCCUGACGCAUCUGGACCUGCGGGGGAACAGGUUAAAAACGUUGCCUUAUAAGGGCAUGUUGGAGUACGUGGGGCGGAGCCUCAUGGAGAUCCAGCUGGAGGAGAACCCGUGGAACUGCGCGUGUGAAAUCGUCCAGCUCAAAACGUGGCUGGAGAGGAUCCCUUACACGGCGCUGGUGGGCGAGAUCACAUGCGAGUACCCCUUCCACUUCCACGGGAAGGACCUGAGGGAGAUCAAACGGAGCGAGCUCUGCCCAUCGAUGUCGGACGCAGAUAUCGAGGCCAAGCUGGGAAUACCCCGCGUCCCGUUCAACAAUGAAAACACUUGGCCCACCAAGCCCUCCUCCAUGCUCUCCUCCUUUCACAACACGGCCUCGUCGGUGGAGUACAGGGAGAGGCACGUUAAGCCCACCAAGCGGCCCCGGCCCACUAAGAACUCGCCCACCCCUCGCAGCAUCUACCCGGGAAUAAACCAGCCUCCCGUGGCCGGCUACCAAACCAGGCCUCCCAUCCCAAUCAUUUGCCCCGCUGGAUGUAUCUGCAACCUUCACAUCAGCGAUCUGGGGCUGACAGUCAACUGCAAAGAGAAGGGCUUUCACAAUAUCUCUGAGCUGCUGCCGCGGCCACUCAACGCCAAGAAACUCUAUCUCAGUGGGAACCUAAUACAGAAAAUAUACCGCUCCGAUUUCUGGAACUUUUCAAGCUUGGAUUUAUUACAUUUAGGGAAUAAUCGGAUAUCCUAUGUUCAGGAGGGCGCGUUCAUCAACUUGCCCAACUUGAAAAGUUUGUAUUUGAACGGUAACGACAUCGAGAGGCUCACGCCCGGCAUGUUCAGGGGCCUUCAGAUGCUGAGCUACCUUUACUUUGAGUACAACGUCAUCCGGGACAUCCAGCCCGCCGCGUUCUCCCUCAUGCCCGGCCUCCAGCUGGUGUUCCUGAACGACAACCUCCUCCGCACCCUCCCCACCGACGUCUUCGCCGGCACCAACCUGGCGCGCCUCAACCUCCGGAACAACUACUUCCUGUCUCUCCCCGUGCGCGGCGUGCUGGAGCACCUGAGCUCCAUCGUGCAGAUCGACCUCCUGCAGAACCCGUGGGACUGCUCGUGCGACAUCAUCCCGCUGAAGCAGUGGCUGGAUAAGCUCUCCUCCGUCAUUGUGGUGGGCGACGUCAUCUGCAAGACCCCCGACUCCACCUCGGGGAACGACCUGCGCUCGCUGGAGGUGGACGUCCUCUGCCCCGAGCUGAAGUACUCCUCCGGGCCCUCUCCGGGCCUGUCCGGCAGGGACCACCCCACCACCCACAGCUCCGAACUGGGGGUGCCAAAGGCUAGGGGGGCCGUGCCGCUCUCCGUCCUCAUACUCAGUCUGCUAAUCCUCUUCAUCUCCGCCGUGUUCGUGGCCGCCGGGCUCUUCGCCUUCGUCCUGCAGAGGAGGAAGAAGAUGCCCUUCCGGAAGCGCUCAGAGGUGGACCUGACUGGCCUCCAGAUGCAGUGUCGGAUAUUCGAGGAUCCGCCCAGACAGAGCGGCUCUGGUAACGACGGGACGCCCGAGAAAUCGGCGCCCAACGUGCAGGCCAACAGCCACGCCAGCCACGCACACGCCCACGCACACGCCCACGCCCACGCGCACGCCCACGGCCACGUGUAUGACUACAUCCCCCACCCCGUGACUCAGAUGUGCAACAACCCCAUCUACAAGCCCCGGGAGGGGGAGCUGGCGGAGGAAGAGCGGGGUCACUUCUCGGAGAAGAUGGAUGGCGGGAGCGGCGGUAACACUCACUACAGGACCCUGUUGGAGAAGGAGAGGGAGUGGACCCUGGCCGUGUCCAACUCCCAGCUCAACACCAUCGUCACGGUCAACCACACCGCUGGCGAGCUGGCGGGGUUUCACGAGGGCGGCGGGCUGUGCCCCACGGUCAUCGACAGCCAGAGGCCCACACCGACCGUGGGCUUCGUAGACUGUCUGUACGGAACGGUGCCCAAACUAAAGGACAUGCAUGUAGCACACGCACACCCGCCCGGCAUGCAGUAUCCAGACUUACAGCAGGACGCGCGCUUGAAAGAGACGUUGCUUUUCACGACGGGGAAAGGUUACCCUGACCCGGCCCAAAGUGAUUACCUCGAGUUAAGGGCCAAACUCCAAACUAAGCCGGAUUACCUCGAAGUCCUGGAGAAAUCGUACCGAUUUUAACAUCCGUAGCCCUUGGAAACUAAUUCACAAAAAUAACAAGUCACCUUUUUACCAAAUUCAUACAAACAUGACUACAACUGAAACGUAUGAAAAAAACGACAACUCAAAAAAACUGCAUGAUAUGAAACUAAAUAUAAUAUUCCAGUUACAACAUUUCCUCCCAAAAAAUUGCUUUGGAGGAGAGGCCAUUCUCAGAUAUUUCAAUAAAGUGCCUUUUUUCAGAGUAGCCAGCAAUGUCAACAGCCGUUAUUUUUAUAUUGAUAGAUGUGUCUAUAUGCCCAGGAGAGCUGGAGAACAAAGAAAGGGCCACCGGGGGAGAACAAAAAAAAACUAACAGAUAAAAAAAAAAAAUGAAUAAAAAAAACAUCGUACAUUUUAUUGUCUCAUGAAAACGAACCCCUUUUACGCGCGCUCUGGCUGCGUCAUGGGGAUAUUCUGACGCGCAAAGACGCACGGGAGCUGGACGUCUCCCUCACACGGGGUUCGAGUUAUGGUUCUGUUUUCUCCAUACAGGAUGUGCAAACACCCGGAGGCCGUGCACAUAGAGUUUGUAGUAAAUGACUGAACGAGAAGAAGAAAAUUAUA